AUGACAACCCUCAAAGAGAUCUUAACCCGCCGUCCGGUGGCAGCCACCAUACGCCUCACCGUCCCAGCCGGCGGCGCAAGACCAGCACCACCAGUUGGUCCAGCAUUAGGUCAAUACCGUUUAAAUCUAAUGGCUUUUUGCAAAGACUUCAAUGCAAGAACUCAAAAGUACAAACCAGACACUCCCAUGUCUGUUACCAUAACAGCUUUUAAAGACAACACUUUUGAGUUUACAGUUAAGUCACCUUCUGUUACAUGGUACUUAAAGAAAGCAGCAGGGAUUGAGUCAGGUAGUGGAAGACCAGGACACGUGGAAGCAUCUACAGUGACGUUGAAACAUGUUUAUGAGAUUGCUAAGGUGAAACAAUCAGACCCUUAUUGUCAAUAUAUGUCUCUUGAGUCUAUUUGUAAGUCUAUUAUUGGUACUGCUAAUACUAUGGGGAUUAAGGUUGUUAAGAAUUUAGAUUAG